AUGCGAAUUUCUUUGCCGCAGCAAUCGCACCAGGCAGUGCCAGCUUCGCGCGAGCGCAGAUCAGACCGCCCAUCCCGGCGAGACAUCAUUCGGCCUAACUCUUCAACUCCGCCGCGGCUUGGUACACUGCCUCAUCCCCGAAUAGCGAUGACGAACGAGAAGGGCCUCUUCGAGCGAGUCGGCGACGGCGCGAUCCCGGGUACGUUUGUGGGGUUUUCUCUCGGCGCAGCUCGCGCCUAUUUGGAGUCGAGAACUAUUGCAGAUAAGAGCGUUGCCGCCAUCGCCUCGGCGAAAAGCGCGAAAGUUCCACCUACGGCAGCUGCGCUUCACGCACUGCGACCAAAACCAUUGCCUGCUCUAUUUGCGACCACGGCGAUAUAUGGGGUUCUCGGUGGUACAUUCACUGGGACAGAAGCGAUCGUAGAGUCAAUAAGAGGGAAAGAAGACAUGUGGAAUCGUGUAAUCGGGGCGGCAACAGCUGGCUCACUAGUAGGUCUUCGCACAGCGUCAGUCAAGAUAAGCGGACUUGCCGCUUUCACCUGCGGUUUCAUGACCAUGUUUGUGGAGGCCGUUGGCGGCACAUGGGGACCUGUUGAUGAUCCGAGCUUAGAACGAAGAGCAGAUAUCUAUAAAGCGGAGGCAUAGCCUGCCCGGGCUUGCGGCGAACACGAAAUCAGUGAUGUUUUUCCAAACCAUGCCUGAUACGGCUAUGAAGAAGACUUUGGUUCUUACGUGCGAUGUAGUCGGGACUCAACCUAUCACGUCACAAACGCACGCCUGGUAUAUGUCCUACCUCUAUAGAAGCUGAAGCAGAAGGUCAAAUACAUAGUUGCCAUGUUGUCUCAGGCUCGUUUAUAAGAGAUCCCGUUUACUCUACUCUUCCGUAGUAAAGGCACGGCCGGGUUUGCCUUUGUCUGUAGUUUCCCGCCCUUGAUCUUGCUUCACAAAGGAUCAAGGAAAACCCAAACAGUGCGGUGACUACGCUCUGGGGGCUCGGGGCUAUCUGCAGCUCCGAUCUCUACUCUAAACUUUAGACGCAGUA